CUUUCUUCUUCCGCCACCGUUCGCGGGCAACGGUUGGACGAGAAGUGCGGGGGAGAGAGAGCUUUGAGAAGGUCCGGCAAUGGCGAUUCCUCUUCCUUCUCUGCAAGCUUCACUCCUCUCCAGAACUACGACUGACGCGAAGCCGACACAUUUUCCGGUCAGUUUCCGUAAGACGAAGCGAGCUCUUGUCGGCUGCUCUGCCAAGAAGAAGAUCAGCUUCGUGGACCAAAUCCUCGACUAUAUUGAAGGGGGCCCGAAAUUGAGGAAAUGGUAUGGGGCGCCCGAGCUUCUUCCUAAAGAUGGAUCCUCCGCAGACGAAGAUGAUGAUUAUUCAGAAGAAGAUGAAGUCAGGGAUGCAAUUUUAGUAACAGAUGGAGACAGUGACAUUGGACAGAUGGUGAUACUUUCAUUGAUCGUGAAACGGGCUCGAGUGAAAGCCCUGGUGAACGACAAGCGAGUGGCAUCUGAGGCCUUUGGGGAUUAUGUUGAGUCGUUAUCUGGAGAUGCAAGUACCAACCAGUUCCUGAGCAAAGCUCUUAGAGGUGUCCGUACCAUCAUAUGCCCGACUGAGGGUUUCUUAUCCAGCAUUAGCAGCUUGAAAGGCAUCAAACACGUGAUUCUUUUAUCUCAGUUGUCUGUUUACAAAGGUACAGGCGGCAUCCAAGCUCUCAUGAAAGGCAACACAGUGAAGUUGGCUGAGCAAGAUGAGUCGAAGCUUUUGGCUUCUGGAAUCCCUUGCACCAUUAUCAGAGCUGGAACAUUGCAAGAUGCACCAGGCGGACAACAAGGCUUUUGUUUCGACGAGGGAAGUGCAGUGAAGGGAAGUUUAAGCAAUGAGGAUGCUGCACUGAUUUGUGUGGAAGCGAUUAACGUGGUCCCGCAAGCAGGUUUCAUCUUCGAGGUGGUUAAUGGAGACGAGAAGGUCUCAGAUUGGAAAGAGCGAUUGUCCCAGUUGAUGGAGCGCGCAGGGCCAAAGUUGCUAUAAAAGUAUAGGAGCCAAACAUUUCGGUGCUGCUAAGUAUUUGUGGCAUGGUUUCGUAUGUGCACAUUUGUUAUUUGCUUAUUUUUUCGAGGGAAAAGCUUGAUCAUACUUAUCAAAUAUGUUGUUGAGAACCGUUCAUACUCGAUUCAUCCCAAAGGCGGGACAGAAAAAAGAGAAAAUACUCGUACUUGACUAAGUCUCA